UUGGUCUUCGCAUUUCAGACAUGUUUAAAAGCUUUGUCAGGAUCAGUUUCUUGUCUAGACAUUGUUCAUCAUCAAAGUCUUCUUUCAUCUGAAUGAGCAUGUGGAACUAUGGGACUGAUGUAAUGGAUGCUUUGAUGGAAUUACUUAUAUCCUUGGCUACAUCCGGUGCCGGUGGGCAGUAUGUUGAUUUGUGCUUGGAAAUGCUUGUGAACAAUUUUGUGCCGCCUCCUUCAUUCAUAUCAUUGUUGAAUCAGCCACGUGGCAUUCUACGGAAGGGCCAAGUCAUUAUUCGUGUCCAUUCAACUUUAAUAGACAUUGCAGAGUUAGUUCCUCUCUCCCCCUUGAGACUUGAGAAGAUAGUAAAGGAGAAAGAGGCAGAGGAUGCCAAUCAAUUACACAAAGGAACCAUUCAUCAUGGCAUAUGUGGAGAACAUGUUAAAACUGGAGGGUGGAGCAAUUGGUGGUCUUGUUGGGAGAACCAUGCUUGUGGCAACUAUGGAUUGGCUGAUAGAUUUGGAUGUAGACAUCGCAUGGGAUGAAAUCUUAAAUGAGGAUUUCACCAAAUGCAUCUUCGAUAUGGAGCUGGAAGAUCUGGAUGGUCCAGUAGAUGAUGGUCAGCAAGAUGGUGA